UUUGUGAAAGAGUGAGAGAGAAAGAAAGAGUGAGAGAUGGAGAUAAAGCAUGUACUUGUUGUAAAGUUUAAGGAAAGUGUAAGUGAGGAACAAAUCGAAGAUUGCAUCAAACAAUAUGGCAAGCUUGUUGAUCUUAUUCCUUCAAUCAAGGCCUUCAAAUGGGGUAAAGAGAUAGGCAUGUUAAACCUAAAUCAAGGGUUCACACAUGUGUUUGAGUCAACAUUUGAAAGUGUAGAAGAUGUUAUUGGGUUUGCUACUAAUCCACAUCACACCAACUAUUCAAGUGUGUUGAUGCCUCUUGUGGAGAAGUUCGUUCUACUCGAUUUCCAGCCUGCAAAAGUCUAACUAUGAAUUUAUAGCUGCUUAUCAAUUAAGCAUUUCACUAUGUUUUUUUUUACCUUUUUGGUUGUUUUAAUAAGAGAACGAGUUGCGAUGAUGAAGAAGCACAACCGAUCAGUAGAUUGAUUGGCUUUAUGUGUCAUUUGGUGAUAUAAACAAUAUAUAAAACUCAUAUUUAACUCA